AUGUUCUUGACUUGUGUUGUUGUUGCUCUUCUUUUUCUACUACAUCUUCUUCUGUGUUUCCAGCUGAGCGGCUUUUCCAAGGUGAAGCAGCAGAUGUUUGUCAACGUUUCCUUCACCAACCCCUUCAACUUUGCCCUGAAGGCCUGUAGACUGUCCAUGGAAGGAGCUGGAUUAAUGAGCGAGAAGACACGUUUCUACAGAGUCAUUGAGCCUCAGGCUUCCAUCUACUGGAAGGAGUCGUUCAACCCUCGGCGGGCCGGAAAUCGCUGCCUUGUAGCGGUGAUGCAUUGCCGUAACCUCUGUGAGUUGAGGGGAGUUGCUCGCAUCAAAAUCACGCCCUGAGAUGAUUGGUCCACAGAGCUGUGUGACCCAACCCCGCUCCAUUUCUACUAUGCCUCCACCAAUCACAGCAGCUCCAAACUGAGUGGGCGGAGCCGACAAACCACGCAAUCAAUGUCUUUGAUGAUUUUAUUUCUUGUUUAAUUGUAAUUUAUACAAAUCAUUGGAAAUUCCAAGCUUUGACAUUUUUGCCAGAGGCAGGAUAGUG